GUGGUGACUUUCAAGAGUGACUCCGUGGGAGGAAAAUGACUGCCCAGUCGCUGCUGCAGAUGACACUGUUCCUGCUGAGUCUGCUCUUCCUGGUCCAAGGCAGGUGCCCACAGCAGGGGCCACAGGGAAGACUUUCGCUUCUGCAGCCAGCGGAACCAGACACACAGGAGCAGCCUCCACUACAAGCACACACCAGACCUGCGCAUCUCCAUCGAGAACUCCGAGGAGGCCCUCACAGUCCAUGCCCCCUUCCCUGCAGCCCACCCUGCUUCCCGAUCCUUCCCUGACCCCAGGGGCCUCUACCACUUCUGCCUCUACUGGAACCGACAUGCUGGGAGAUUGCAUCUUCUCUAUGGCAAGCAUGACUUCUUGCUGAGUAACAAUGCCUCUAGCCUCCUCUGCUUCCAGCACCGGGAGGAGAGCCUGGCCCAGGGCCCCCCACUGUUCGCCACUUCUGUCACCUCCUGGUGGAGUCCUCAGAACAUCAGCCUGCCCAGUGCUGCCAGCUUCACCUUCUCCUUCCACAGUAAGGCAACUUCCAGGCAGAGGAAACAACUGGGCAGUGGUCUGGAGGCAGGGAAGGCAAAACGCAAAGUGAACUGGGCUCGCAAUGUCAGAUCAUGAAGCCUGGGCUUUGCUCACAGGCACUUGGAAGCCAAUGAAGGUGUCUGAGGAGGGGAGGAGUGUGAUCCAAGUGCUAGGAUUACAGGCAUGAACCACUGCGCUCGGCCCCACUGUCCCUUGAUGGUUAUUUUGUGGGCAGGCAGGGGUGAGGAUGGAGGGGCAAGGGCCUGUCCUGAGGCUGCAGAGAAGGUCUUGGUGAAGGAGGAUGAGGUCUGAACAGGGUGAGAGAGCAGCGACUGGAAAGGGACUGAAGAUCAAGAGCCCCGGGAAGAAUUCUUCCUCAGCAUCAGUGUAGACUGUUUAUUUCCUUUCACAGAGGAGGAAACUCGGGCACAAAGAGGCUGCCCAAAGCUGCACAGCUAGCCAAUGGGAGAGCCAGGAUUUGAACCCAGCAGCUGAUUGGAGUGGGGUGGGGGUGAGGGGUGGAGCAUGAGAGGUCAAAGGUCAGGAAAGCAGUGGGGCUGAUUCUGAGGUCCAGAAGCUGCAUCUUCCCCCUUGAGUGUGACAGGUACCAUGUGGCCACUGCCAUUCAGCACCAUUAAAUGCUGAAUGGUGGCCAGGAAGAGAGGAGCAUCAGAAGGAGCUUGAAGGUUUACUGGGGGGUUUUCAUGUCUUUCCAGCACCUCAAGUUUGAGGCAGGGCUUUCAGGGGUGGGGGGCACAGCACUUUGAUUGUGUUAGUGUAACAGGCUAAUGAUUAUGUCCAGUGCAACAGGCAGGCCCAGGCCAGUCAGUGGUGGGGGGUUCCCCACAUCCCAGGCUGGGAUUCUGCCCCACAACCUGGGAGGAUUUAGGGCAAAGUUGGUCCUAGUUGCAAAUUGGCAUUCUGAAGACCAGACUGAGCCUGGUCUUGUUUGGCCUGUAGAAGGUUUUUAAAAAACAUGGACCAGGGAUUUCAAAUCACCUGAAACCCAGGCUUUCUGGGUUAUGCAUUCAAAAGAUGGGACUACCCAGGGCCUGCCUUCCUCAGUGGCACAGAAAGUAUACCCUCCAACCCCCACCGUCUGUCUUCCUCAUCUGAGUCCCAGCUAAUCGCUGGAGACACCUUAGUCGGCCGCCUUUGGGUGCAGGCUACCUGGGCAGAGGGGCCUGAGCCUGGAGUCAGGGAGGCUGGUGGGUGUGGAGUCCCAGGAACCACCACCAAGCCCCCCACAUCCCUCCUAAGGAGGCCUGGCUGGGCCCUCCCUGCUCGGUGUGUGUAGCCGAAGGCAUCUGCUGAGGGUGCUGAGCAAGGAACAUCCCACCGCAUCCUGCUGGGGCUGGUGUUGCUGGCGGGUUCUGUAAGACACAGCCCCCAUGGGCUGGCCUCAUCUGAGUGGCCUUGGCAGAGUCCACUCCACUUCUUGAAACCUCAGUUUCCCCUUUGUAAAGUAAAGAUCGAGGCAUUCAGAGUCAUGUCAGGGUGGCAGGGGGCAGAAUGGGAGAGUCCUGGGACCUGAAUCGGCAGCCUCGGUGGGGGCCUGUCCACCCCUCCCCCAGGUCCUCCCCACACGGCUGCUCACAAUGCCUCGGUGGACAUGUGCGAGCUCAAAAGGGACCUCCAGCUGCUCAGCCAGUUCCUGAAGCAUCCCCAGAAGUCCUCAAGGAGGCCCUCGGCUGCCCCCGCCAGCCAGCAGUUGCAGAGCCUGGAGUCGAAGCUGACCUCUGUGAGAUUCAUGGGGAACACGGUGUCCUUCGAGGAGGACCGGAUCAACGCCACGGUGUGGAAGCUCCAGCCCACAGCCGGCCUCCAGGACCUGCACAUCCACUCCCGGCAGGAGGAGGAGCAGAGCGAGAUCUUGGAGUACUCGGUGCUGCUGCCUCGAACACUCUUCCAGAGGACAAAAGGCCGGAGGGGGGAGGCUGAGAAGAGACUCCUCCUGGUGGACUUCAGCAGCCAAGCCCUGUUCCAGGACAAGAAUUCCAGCCAAGUCCUGGGUGAGAAGGUCUUGGGGAUUGUGGUGCAGAACACAAAAGUAGCCAACCUCACGGAGCCCGUGGUGCUCACCUUCCAGCACCAGCUACAGCCGAAGAAUGUGACUCUGCAAUGUGUGUUCUGGGUUGAAGACCCCACAUUGAGCAGCCCGGGGCAUUGGAGCAGUGCUGGGUGUGAGACCGUCAGGAGAGAAACCCAAACAUCCUGCUUCUGCAACCACUUGACCUACUUUGCAGUGCUGAUGGUCUCCUCGGUGGAGGUGGACGCUGUGCACAAGCACUACCUGAGCCUCCUCUCCUAUGUGGGCUGUGUCGUCUCUGCCCUGGCCUGUGUUGUCACCAUUGCCGCCUACCUCUGCUCCAGGGUGCCCCUGCCGUGCAGGAGGAAACCUCGGGACUACACCAUCAAGGUGCACAUGAACCUGCUGCUGGCCGUCUUCCUGCUGGACAUGAGCUUCCUGCUCAGCGAGCCGGUGGCCCUGACAGGCUCUGAGGACGGCUGCCGAGCCAGUGCCAUCUUCCUGCACUUCUCCCUGCUCGCCUGCCUUUCCUGGAUGGGCCUCGAGGGCUACAACCUUUACCGACUUGUGGUGGAGGUCUUCGGCACCUAUGUCCCUGGCUACCUGCUCAAGCUGAGCGCCAUGGGCUGGGGCUUCCCCAUCUUUCUGGUGACGCUGGUGGCCCUGGUGGAUGUGGACAACUAUGGCCCCAUCAUCUUGGCUGUGCAUAGGACUCCAGAGAGUGUCAUCUACCCUUCCAUGUGCUGGAUCCGGGACUCCCUGGUCAGCUACAUCACCAACCUGGGCCUCUUCAGCCUGGUGUUUCUGUUCAACAUGGCCAUGCUAGGCACCAUGGUGGUGCAGAUCCUGCGGCUGCGCCCCCACACCCAAAAGUGGUCACAUGUGCUGACACUGCUGGGCCUCAGCCUGGUCCUUGGCCUGCCCUGGGCCUUGAUCUUCUUCUCCUUUGCUUCUGGCACCUUCCAGCUUGUCGUCCUCUACCUUUUCAGCAUCAUCACCUCCUUCCAAGGCUUCCUCAUCUUUGUCUGGUACUGGUCCAUGCGGCUGCAGGCCCGGGGUGGUCCCUCCCCUCUGAAGAGCAACUCAGACAGCGCCAGGCUCCCCAUCAGCUCGGGCAGCACCUCGUCCAGCCGCAUCUAGGCCUCCAGCCCACCUGCCCGUGUGAUGAAGCAGAGAUGCGGCCUCGUCGCACACUGCCUGUGGCCCCCGAGCCAGGCCCAGCCCCAGGCCAGUCAGCCACAGACUUGGGAAGGCCCAGCGACCAUGGAGAGAUGGGCCGUUGCCAUGGUGGACGGACUCCCGGCUGGGCUUUGGAAUUGGCCUUGGGGACUACUCGGCUCUCACUCAACUCCCACGGGACUCAGAAGCGCGCCGCCAUGCUGGCGAGGGGACUGUCUCCAUAUCUGUCCCAACCCAGGUGGAGGCCUGGUCUCUCCUUACAACCCCUGGGCCCAGCCCUCAUUGCUGGGGGCCAGGCCUUGGAUCUUGAGAGUCUGGCACAUCCUUAAUCCUGUGCCCCUGCCUGGGACAGAAAUGUGGCUCCAGUUGCUCUGUCUCUCAUGGUCACCCUGAGGGCACUGUGCAUCCUCUGUCAUUUUAACCUCAGGUGGCACCCAGGGCGAAUGGGGCCCAGGGCAGACCUUCAGGGCCGGAGCCCUGGCAGAGGAGAGGCCGUUUGCCAGGAGCACAGCAGCAGCUCGCCUACCUCUGAGCCCAGGCUCCUUCCCUCCCUCAGCCCCCCAGCCCUCCCUCCAUCUUCCCUGGGGUUCUCCUCCUCUCCCAGGGCCUCCUUGCUCCUUCGUUCACAGCUUGGGGUCCCCGAUUCCAAUGCUGUUUUUUGGGGAGUGGUUUCCAGGAGCUGCCUGGUAUCUGCUGUAAAUGUUUGUCUACUGCACAAGCCUUGGCCUGCCCCUGGCCCAGGCUCGGUACCGAUGCCUGGGCUGGGCUAGGUCCCUCUGUCCAUCUGGGCCUUUGUAUGAACUGCAUUGCUCUUGCUCACCCUGACCAAGCACAUGCCUCAGAGGGGCCCUCAGCCUCUCCUGAAGCCCUCUUGUGGCAAGAACUGUGGACCAUGCCAGUCCCAUCUGGUUUCCAUCCCAGCACUCCGAGGACUGAGACUGACCUCCUCUGGUGACACUGGCCUAGAGCCUGACACUCUCCUAAGAGGUUCUCUCCAAGCCCCUGCAAAUAGCUUCAGGCGCCCUCAGCCGUCCAUCGUGGUUAAUUCUGUCCAACAAACACACACGGGUAGAUUGCUGGCCUGUGCUAGGUGGUAGGGACACAGAUGACCGACCUGGUCACUCCCCCUGCCAACAUUCAGUCUGGUAUGUGAGGCACGCAUGAAGCAAGAGCUCCUGGAGCUACAGGGACAGGGAGUCAUCAUUCCUGGCUGGGAAUCCUGGAAGACUUCUUGCAGAAGUCAGCGUUUAAUCUUGACCUUAAAGAUGGGAAGGAUGUUCUUUUUACGUACCAAUUCUUUUGUCUUUUGAUAUUAAAAAGAAGUACAUGUUCAUUGUAGAGAAUUUGGAAACUGUAGAAGAGAAUCAAGAAGAAAAAUAAAAAUCAGCUGUUAUCACGUAGCAAACUGGCA